AUGGAAACUCCUGAUCCCAUCCUACUUGAAUCUUUAGGCUUUGAAUAUCGGGGUAUAAUAGCUAAAGGAGGAUAUGGAACGGUAUUUAAUGUCUAUAGCCCUCAAUAUCGUAUGAAUUUUGCAUUAAAGCGAAUUUCAAGCGAAAAAUUUCAUGAUUCUGAAAUAGAAUGCAUGCUCCAAAUCCGUUCGCCAUAUACUGUAACAUUAUAUAAAUAUGUUCGCAGUGGUGAAUAUGUAUACUUGAUUCUUGAGUACUGUCCGAAUUCAUUAGACAAAAUAAUCAUUCAAAAUCCACGUUUGCCAUUAGAAAAGCAAUUAAAAAUGGCUUUUGGAAUGGUUCUUGCUCUUAAAGGCUGUCACGAGUUUGGAAUUAGUCAUGGCGAUAUUAAACCAUCCAAUUUCUUAAUAGACAACUAUGGCAGAAUCAAGAUUUGCGACUUUGGUUUGUCUCAAAAGAUUACAGAAGAACCAAAUACUAUUAAUCUAGUUGGAACUUUGGCAUAUAGAUCUCCUGAAAUGAUUAAAAUGCAGCCAUAUGACGGAUUUGCUGCUGACAUAUGGUCUCUAGGAGUAAGCCUCUUCAUUUUAUGCACUGGAACAUAUCCAUGGAAUAUAUCUUCCAGAGAAAAAAUGUUAAAAUCUAUUACAAACGGUAUUUUCGAUGAAAGCUUAAUUAAAGACCCGACCUUAAAAGAGAUAAUUGUUAAAUGCCUUCAAGUAGAUCCCAAAAAGAGACCUACUGCCCAUGAAAUAACAGAUAUGAUAAGGAUUAAGCCUGUAGAAGCAAGAAAAAAACUUGUCAGGGCAGUUCAUUCGAGCGUUUAUACCACAUCCGUAUCAAGAUCAAAUACAAUUCGAAGGAUUAGAAAGAUACAAUCGUUUUAA